ACUAAACAAAGAUACUGCGCAAGUUUUGAGAUCUCCUGUUUUGGUAAUGCUACAAAGUUAAAUGAUUGUCAACCAGAAAUGGGAUUCCACGAAUGAUGAAACUAACAAGUUGAAUUAUCUGUUUGAAAGUAGUUCUUUGUUGCCGUCAGAUCUGAUCAAUUAUCCUAACCAAAUCGGUGGUCAUGGGCUUCUAUUUGGAAAUAAAUGUAAAAUAUUAUAUUCACAUGUUCAAUCAACUAUUUAUAAACCAAUACAACAUUAUCCUAAAGGUCCACAUGAAUUAGAAUUUUAUCAACGUUUAUUCGAUCCAAAUUGUAAUGAUUCCGUUUUAGUUGAGUUACGAAAAUUUGUGCCUGAUUUUUAUGGCCUCUAUCGAGAUUCUGAACAAAAACAUUUGUACUUGGGUUUAAAAGAUUUAUUGGCUAAUUUUAAACAUCCAUCAUUGUGCGAUUUAAAAAUGGGUCGUCGUACAUAUGCUCCUGAUUCUUCACCAUCAAAAAUAAUGAUUGAAUGUGCAAAAUAUAAAUGGCGUGAAGAAAUUGGAUUUCUAGUAACUGGAUUAAAAGUAUUCUAUCCAGAUCUUAAUGAAUAUACUACAUUUGAUAUUUUCUUUGGAAGAUCAUUAAAUCCAUCUACAAUAUAUGAUAAUGGUAUUCGUCUAUUUCUUGGUCCAGAUAUAAAUCGUGCAAAAAGAUUAGCUAAUCAAUUUGUUAAAAAAUUAACACAAUUAGCUAAAUGGUUUGAAAAUCAAAAUUGUUAUCAUUUCUAUGCAAGUUCUUUAUUAUUAGCUUAUGAUAGUGUUGAUGCCAAUGAUGAGAUCAUGCCAUCUCCGAAUACAACCACCACCACCACCACCACCACCACCCAGUUACCAUAUUCAUAUUAUCAUCAUGAUCAUGAUCAUCAUCAUAGUUGUCAAGACAACAAUAAAGAAUCAAUUAUAUCCAACAUAGAUAAUAAUGAAGCAGAUGAAUAUGUUUUAGUAUAUUUAAUUGAUUUUACACGUUGGGAAUUAGUAACAGAUUGUAGUCAAAUAAAAGAUGAAAAUUUCCUAUAUGGUUUAAAUUAUUUAAUUGAAUUAUUUCAACGUGCAUCAUUGGAUUCCUCACCAUUGACUUAAAGUACCUUAUAUAUAUAUAUCUCAAUGAAUUAACAACAUUCGCCAAUGAGUAGUAUCCGUAAUCAAACAAAAGAUGUACAGUGUUCACAGUUUUUCUAUGUACAAUUUGACCGAAAUCUUCUGGCUGCUCACUUUCCCCUAUCCACCCCCGCCCACUUUUUUUUCUAAAACUGCCAAAAAUGUUAGUCUUUCAUUGAAAUUUAUUAUUGUCACUAAGUGGGUUUGUUCCCCCCUUUUGUUUUUUCUAUUUAUAUAUGAACAAAUUCUUCUGGAAUCCAAAUCAUAUUUGUUUAUUUUAUAUGGUUUGUAUGAUCUUUUUGUAUUAUUCAGUUAUUAUUAUCAUAUUAAUAGGAUGAGUAUUAUCCGUCUCAAGGUAUAUUUUAAUUGCUAAUCUUAUUUUGUUACAAUUUUCUGUUAGAAAUAAAGAUUAUUGUUUAUUUUGUUGAUAGGGAGAACAAAAUUUGAUAUAUACAUAUGUAUAUGUUCUCUCACUGUACUAUCCACGUUGUAUGUUAUUAAUGUGACUUGGAUUUGAUAUAGUUAUUAUUAUUAUU